GUAUCUUAUGCAGACAUGAUAGAGAAUACCUGAUAAUGGCUCGUAGACUUUUGGAUGCGGAUCGUAGAUUGUGUGGGAAGAUUCUAUUUUACAGUCGAACGUGGGCAUGGAAUUUUUCAGAGUGCUAGGUAGCAAAUUUACUGUUUAGCUUUCCUAGCGACAGGAUUCGGUAAUUACAUCAUUUGCAAAAUAUUUUGAUCAAUGCAGAAAAGAAUGCACAGAGAACUAUACAGUUGCACUUGAAAUGUAUGCCAAGAGUUGCAAACAAUAUAAACAAACACUAAAAUAUCAUGAUGUUAUCUGGGAACAGGGCAACAAAAUUUUUCAUCUUUGGCAAAAACACGGUCCAAACUAGCAUAGAAGGCCAGCCAGUAUGGUUUCCCAGAAAUGAGAACCUCCAAAGGGAUAGUUCAGAGUUGGGUCAAACUCGCAAAACACCAACUACUUGUCACCUUUAUCUACCUAUAACUAAACCAGUCGAGGGGAAAAGACUAAUGAUUUCAAAUGGGUGUGAUUUGAUCGGUUGAUUUUGUUGGUGAUACAUAGUGUUGAAGAACUUAUUGUGUACGGACUCCACUUCUGAGUAUUAGCUAUAUUUCUAAAGAAAAUGAAGAUAUAACUAAAACAGAAUGACUUCCACUUCCUAUAAGGCCACAACUAACACACUCCAACUACUUCAUCAUCUCUGAAGCCUUACAACUACUAUCUCAGUUUUUUCAUAACCUUCUAUUUAAACAUCAAGAACUACAAACCAGUUGCAUAGUCCUUCAAGAGUCCUCCAUCUACCACAUCUGACAGACUUCCAGGAAUCUCAUAUACAAAAAUCACAAGAUGUUCAAGCUGUCAUCUCCAUAUUUUUUCAUUGCAGUGCUAAUUGCUGCCCUACACACAGCAAUAUAUGUGGCUGCCAUCGAACCAGUACCAGCUGGAGGAGAGCCCGUUCUUGAGCUGUACAUGCAUGACAUUCUAGGGGGCAGUAACCCUACAGCAAGGCCAAUCACUGGUUUGCUAGGGAACAUAUAUAGUGGCCAAGUACCCUUUGCAAGGCCAGUAGGAUUCGUUCCUCCAGAAGGUGCAGUAGCCAUCCCCAAUGCCAAUGGUGCCCUUCCAACUGUUAAUGGUCUCAAUGGCAUUCCACUAGGUACUGGCUUGUCUGGCACGACUUUUACAGGACAUCCUAAUGGUCAGAACACGAAUGGUCAGGACACGAAUGGUCAGAUCCAAACCCAACUUGGACCAGACGGAUUGGGACUAGGCUUUGGAACGAUCACUGUCAUCGAUGACACUUUGACCAACAGCCCUAAGUUAGGGUCACAACAACUGGGAAAAGCUCAAGGAGUCUAUGUGGCUAGUUCUGCAGAUGGAAGCGCACAGAUGAUGGCAUUUACAGCCAUAUUUGAAGGGGGAGAAUUUGGUGAUAGCCUAAACUUUUAUGGCAUAUACAGGAUUGGUAGCGCAAUGUCACGUUUGUCGGUGACUGGAGGAACGGGCAAGUUUAAGAAUGCUAUCGGGUUUGCUGAAGUACGAGGACUUAUCCCAUCAGGUCAAGCCGUCAUGGAUGGUGCAGAAACAUUACUUAGGAUCGCUGUCCAUUUGAAAUACUAAGAAUACAAGUUAAGUGGAUUAAAUGUUGGUUUGUUGGCGUGAAAAUUUAUGUGGUCAUGGUUUGUGGUUACUCUUGGUUAAUAGACUCUCAUACUGUCAGAUGUAUCAGACAAUGCAACUGAAAUGUUGAUUAUGAAAAUAUUAAAUGAUCUUGGUUGAUUUUCCCUAUGAAUAUAAAAGAUUUCCUACUUCAAA